AUGAACCUGCUGUGCCGCGGCCGCCUGAAGCUGCUGGUGGCGUCGCUCACGGCCGUGGUCCUGCUCACCUGGCUCUACCUGCUGGCCGGAAACCUGGAGAGUGAGUACAAGACCCGAGAGCUCACGGCCGCUCCCUCCUCCUCGCUCCGUGCCUCGCCGACACCCCGGCGUCCCAGGUCCUGGAGCGGGCCGUGCUGGAGUCGCGGGUUCGAGAGGUGGAGGAAGAGAACCGGCGGAUCCGGCUGCAGCUCAGCCAAUACGCAAGGCGCCGCCGGCCACCGCCACGGUAACUAUGGCAACCAGCAGUGGGGGGCCUCGGCGGACACGGGGCCCGACGGGGACAACACGGCCGAGGAGAAGAACAACCACACGGAGUGUCCUCGAUCGCCCACCGUCCAGAAGUGUGAGCUGAUCCAUGUAGCGUGCGUUUGUGCCGGUCACAACGCCAGCAGAGACGUCGUCACGCUGGUCAAGUCCGUCCUCUUUCACAGGAGGAAUCCUCUCCACUUUCACUUUAUCACCGACACCGUAGCCCAUCGGAUCCUGAGCGCCCUGUUUCAGUCCUGGAUGGUCCCGUCUGUGCAAGUCAGCUUCUACGAUGCAGAUGAACUCAAGUCCGAGGUGUCGUGGAUACCAAACAAACACUACUCAGGUAUUUACGGCUUGAUGAAGCUGACGCUAACCAAAGCUUUGCCCGCCGACCUGUCCAAGGUCAUCGUCCUGGACACGGACAUCACCUUCGCCACCGACAUCGCCGAGCUCUGGGGCAUCUUCAGGAAGUUCACCGAUAAACAGGUGAUCGGCCUGGUGGAGAACCAGAGCGACUGGUACCUGGGGAACCUGUGGAAGAACCACAAACCCUGGCCCGCACUGGGACGCGGCUUCAACACAGGCGUCAUCCUUCUCUACUUGGAGCGACUGCGGCGGAUCGGAUGGGAGCAGAUGUGGCGUCUGACGGCCGAGAGGGAGCUGAUGAGCAUGCUCAGUACAUCGCUGGCUGAUCAGGACAUCUUCAACGCCUUCAUAAAGCAGAACCCCGUCCUGGUGCACCAGCUGCCCUGCUUCUGGAACGUCCAGCUGUCCGAUCACACUCGCUCCGAGCAGUGCUACACCGAGGUGUCCGACCUCAAGGUGAUCCACUGGAACUCUCCGAAGAAGCUCCGAGUGAAGAACAAACACGUGGAGUUCUUCAGGAACCUCUACCUGACCUUCCUGGAGUACGACGGGAACCUGCUGAGACGAGAGCUGUUCGGCUGCCCGAGUCAGGCCAGUCCAGAGAGCGUCCAGCUGCAGGCGGCUCUGGAGGAGCUCGACGAGGACGACCAGUGUUACGACUUCCGUCGGGAGCGGCUCACCGUUCACAGAGUUCACCUCUACUUCCUGCAGUACGAGUACACGCCGGCCGAGGACGACACCGACAUCACGCUGGUGGCCCAGCUCUCCAUGGACAGGCUGCAGAUGCUGGAGGCCAUCUGUAAGCACUGGGAGGGCCCCAUCAGCCUGGCGCUCUACAUGUCCGACGCCGAGGCUCAGCAGUUCCUCCGCUACGCUCAGGCCUCCGAGGUCCUCAAGAACCGCAAGAACGUGGGCUACCACAUCGUCUACAAGGAGGGCCAGUUCUACCCCGUCAACCUGGUGAGGAACGUGGCCCUGAAGAACGCCAACACGCCGUACGUGUUCCUGACGGACGUGGACUUCCUGCCGAUGUACGGUCUCUACGAUUACCUCAGGAGGACUGUGGUGCAGCUGGACAUGGCUCACACUAAGAAGGCUCUGGUGGUUCCAGCGUUCGAGACGCUUCGUUACCGUCUGUCCUUCCCUAAAUCCAAAGCUGAGCUGCUCUCCAUGCUGGACAUGGGGACUCUCUACACCUUCAGGUAUCAUGUGUGGCCUAAAGGUCACGCUCCUACCGACUAUGCCAAAUGGCGGACAGCCACCACACCUUAUAAGGUGGAGUGGGAGCCGGACUUCGAGCCGUACGUGGUGGUGAGGCGGGACUGUCCCGAGUACGACCAGCGCUUCGUGGGCUUCGGCUGGAACAAGGUGUCGCACGUCCUGGAGCUGGAUGCACAGGAGUUCGACCUGAUGGUCCUCCCCAACGCCUUCAUGAUCCACAUGCCCCACGCCCCCAGUUUCGACAUCUCCAAGUUCCGCUCCAGCUCCAGUUACCGCAACUGCCUGAACACCCUGAAGGACGAGUUCCACCAGGACCUGUCCAGGAAGUACGGCUCGGCGGCCCUCAAGUACCUCACGGCCCAGAGGACCAUCUGAGGACCAGAGGCUGCUGAGAGCUGGAGAGUCCGUCAGGCCUUACGAGAGCUUCGGACACGAACUGACACGGCACGGCGCCGCGGCACACGGCGCCAACAAUGACGGUAAAGCUUUACACGCCCUUUUGGAACAUUCUCUGGGGCUCCUGUGCAUUAAUUCUCCAGUCGACUCCACCUCGAGGUGACCGAGAGGACGAGACGGAAAGAGCGGCGGUGGAUUUCCUGAACGCAGGAUUGGACUAAUGUGGACGCUGACGGGACUAGCUUUAAGGCCGGGAAACAACAACCAUAUUCUUACAAACUUGUUCUGACAAUCAGGGCUUUUUCUUCCAGAAGACGUGCGAUGAAACGGUCCGUCCACGUGGACGUGAGGACCCAGAUCUAAAGAAGUGAAGACUACAUUUGAACGUUGUGUGUGUGAGGCCAGUCGAACUGGAGAAAGAUUUCAGCCUUAUCAUCACGUUUCAUGGUAUUUACUGAGAUAUUUAAUAUUUUAUUUCUUCUUUUUUUCUGUGUAAAUCAGAACCAAUGAAUAAGGAACGUUGGCAUUUACAAUGUUUUGAUUACGACUUUACACGAGAAUCAGUUUAUUUUUUUUGCUUUCUAUAUUUUCUGACCUCUUUGAAAGAAAAAAAAUCCAUUUCGACCUGGGCGAAUAAUUUCUGAUUUCCUGUGAGCUUCAGGGAUGUGCUCUCUCU